CUCGCGCCGGAGCUGGGGCCCGCGCGGAGGCCAUGGAUCACAUAGGAAUACUGGGCGCGCAUCUGCAGCAGCACACGCAUGUGGAGCCCAUCAGCUUCGGUAUCGACCAGAUCCUUAGUAACGUGGAGCAGAGCUGCAUGCUGGGCGCGAGGAUGCACGAACCGGACUACGGGCACGGGGCCUACAACGGUGGCGCGAGCGGCGGCAUGAACGGCGGGGGUUAUACGUACGGUAAUAGCGGAUAUAAUGGCACCGGCGGCUCGUGCGGGAUGGCCUCACUCGGCGGGGCUUAUCACAUGAACAUGGGCGUGAACGCGAACGGGACUAACGUGAGCUCCGCCGGGGUCAUCCGUGUCCCCGCGCACCGGCCGCUGAGCUGCGGGAACUCCUCUGUGCCGCCGGGGAGCGGGAACAUUAACAACCUGACCGCGCUCACCUUCCCCUGGAUGGAGAGCAACCGGCGCUACACCAAAGACAGGUUCACAGUGUCCCUCUCACCCCUCACUGUGACACGUCGUGUAGGUCACCCCUACCAAAGGACGCCUCCCAAGAAGAAGAAGCCCCGGACGUCCUUCACCCGGCUGCAGAUCUGUGAGCUGGAGAAGCGUUUCCACCAGCAGAAGUACCUGGCGUCUGCAGAGCGUGCCGCGCUCGCCAAAGCCCUCAAGAUGACUGACGCUCAGGUCAAAACCUGGUUCCAAAACAGACGCACCAAAUGGAGGCGGCAGACGGCGGAGGAGCGCGAGGCGGAGCGCCAGCAGGCCAACCGGAUCCUGAUGCAGCUUCAGCAGGAGGCCUUCCAGAAGACCAUCAACCAGCCUGUGACCCCGGACCCGCUCUGCCUGCAGAACAGCUCUCUGUUCGCGCUGCAGAACCUGCAGCCGUGGACCGAGAACACCGCUAAGAUCAGCAGCGUGUCGGCCUGCGAGUAGAGCCAACACACGGCCUCCAGCCGGGGACCUGCGCCGCUGAUCCGCCGGUACCGACUGACUGGACGGUAAAGACACGGACUGCAGCCUGCUGAGGAGCUCCGAGUAGAGGAGGCCCGAGGUCACUUCUCUGCUCCUCUUAUCACCUCCUGUCAGAUAGACCGCUGCAGCUCUGCUCCCAUCUGAUGGGGGUCCACAGUCUGGUCUGGAUCCGUGAGGUCUGGACUGACUCCUGCUUCAGCCCUGCACAGGCCUGAAAAAUAUUUUGGAAAUAUUCCCGAGUCAUCGUGAUGAACAUUUUGCUUUUAAAAAGAGCAAGAUGUCCACGAGGACAGACUGUCAGUGAGUUGUACCUGUGAGGGACUUGAUGUUUCAUAAACAGCAUAUUUUCAUAUUUGUGUCCAUCUCUGCCAUCAGUGUCUGUUUAUCUGACAUGUUAAAGGACUUUUUACUCAAAUGCUAAAUAACACAGCACUUGAUUUUGCACCUUUGUAUGAAUUCAAAUUUGACAAGUUGAUUUUAUUUAUAAAAAAAAGAAACCGAUUAUUUUUUUAAAAUGUCAGUAUAUGUAAAUCUUAAUUUAUGUAUGCAUUUAUGUCUACAUUGCAAAAAUUGACACGUUGAUUUUACAUUAAUUCAGAUCACCCUGAAAAAGUUGAGUAAUUAUAGCUAUUAGUUGUAAAUUAUGUGAACUUUCUAACUGUUAAGUUACCUUAGAAUUUAGUUGCAUUUACCUAACUUUGUGAAGUUUUUACAGCUUAAAGAAGACAAGUUUACUGUGUCUUAUAUCUUUAUUCUACUGUUUCCAAACUAGUAGCCAAGCCAUAUUUAUAUAUUUUUGAAUAUAUUUACAAAACAUAACUUGCAGGUAUCCUAACUUCAUCACUGGCAAAAUCCUCAUUCAGUCAGACUAACUUAGUUCGCUCAAGUUGCAAACACUAAGAAAGCACAAAGAAAUUUUACUUGUCAUUUUUAAGUUGCAACAACUUAACAAAAUUAAGUAAAGAAAAUACAUGUUAACAAAAUUUAACAAUUAGGUUUGAACUAAACAUAACGUAAGAUUCAUAGUUUUAUUUACUUACCUUUUUUCAA